GGGCAAUGAACACACAAGUUUGUACAGCAACCAAAAGGACGCCAUACGAACGUGUGUAUGGACAAGAACCUCGUUCUGGUUUUGCUUUGAUGAAAGAGUUAUAUGAUCAAGGCAUAAGGGACGAGGAAGAUAUACCAGACAAUGUGACCGCAAAACUAUGA